GUGUCACUCAUUCAGAAAACAGGAAGUGCUUUACAGCAGUGUGGCACAUGUAUUCUACUGGGUAACCCAUGGAAACAGAUACGUAACAUGGAGUUUUGUUUGUACGCGUGGGGAGCCAACAGCUACGGACAGCUGGGAAGGGGCGACGCGGAGGACCUGUCUGAUCCUCGGCGGCUGGGUCCGGGUGCUAUGCCCUCCGUGCCGCUCCGGGUCCUGCGGGGAGGAGGCGGCCACACGGUGGCUAUCACAGAGGAUGGGGAGGUGUGGUCGUGUGGGCAGAACCACAGGGGGCAGCUGGGGCUGGGCCACACGUCAGACGUCUCCACUCUCCACCCGGGCCCCGCCCUCAAGCAGAGGGUCGUCAACGUGUCCUGUGGUUGGGAUUUUACCCUUUUUCUAACCGAUUGUGGCCAGGUCCUGACAUGUGGAUCCAACGCUUUUGGGCAACUGGGUGUGGCCAAAACAAGCACCCACUCUGCAGAGCCAGUUCGCGUUGAGAGCCUUGGCGAGCCGGUGGUCAGUGUGGCAGCAGGACUUCGACAUGCACUCGCAGUCACCGACAGCGGCUGUGUGUACCAGUGGGGGUUAGGUCUGUUGACCCACGCCAGGAGAGCAGUAGGCCCAAACUCAGUCCCGCUGCACUUUAACUCCCAGGUGCCCGUGCGUGUACCGGGUUUUGAUCAUGUGACCGCACGUACAGUAGCUGCUGGAUCUGCCCACUGCGUUUGCCUUACAGGUGGAGGUGACGUGUUUCUGUGGGGCAGUAAUAAAUAUGGACAGCUAACUACAAACGACUGCUUUUCAACCUAUCCUGCUCUUCUCAACCGCUCACUCUUGGACGGAGAGGCUGCCACUCACGUGUGGAGCGGCUGGACUCACCUUGUGGCCAAAACAGAGAGUGGAAAAGUGUUCACAUGGGGAAGAGGGAAUUAUGGACAGCUUGGAAGAACAGAACCAACCAAUCACAGUGCAGUACUGCAGUCAGAUGACUCUCCAGUAGUAGAGGACGUCAAGGAGGUCUCGUUUCCUGGGAAGGUCGACGCCCUUUAUGGGGCCGAACAGAUUGCUUGCGGGUCUGAGCACAAUCUGGCCGUUGUAGGAGACGCACCGCUCCGUGCCUGCGCCGCUUCCUUCCAUUCAGCCGAGCUCCGGGUCCAAUCAGAGGAGAAUCUGUGUGAACCGUGUGUGCGCUCCCUUCCUCCCAACAUCCUGUUGGCCUCAUGCUAAAUCAGGGGUUCUCAAAGUUUGGACAGCUGAGGGCCAAAUUAGGAACCCAAAAUUUGACUGAGGGCCACCAAAGGAAAAAAAAUCUGGCGGGAAACGCCGUCAGCAUCCCAGUGGUGAAAAAAAAUAUUGCACGUGGACCUCUGAGAGUGAGGUCCAGUAAGGAAUGUUUCUGCGGGCCGCCAUUGACCCACGGCAUGGGCGGAGCUUGGGGGUGGCUUUCGGGACUGAAGCUCUGAAUCUCACGUCAAAAGCCUAUUUUUCACCUCUUGAAAGUGAUUUAUUUUCAUUUUGAAAGAAACAACACAUGGAAGCAAUGGAAAAUGCCAUCUCUCGUUUGGUUGUUUAGAACGGUUGCAAGGAAACAGUGACGUUUUCUAAACAUUCCCGUCUCUCAGCAGUCUUGUUAAAGUAGCCUCAGGGUGUGUAACAAAUAUUACCAUGGACAUUAGAAAUUAUUUUUCUAAACCAACAUCCAGUGAUACCGUAGCAGCUGCAGCCCCUGCCAAUGACCUGUCAAAUGUUUCAGGUCAAUGAAAAAUUACCUUGAUGAGUGCUGGCCGGGAGCAGUAGUGCUGGUGCUAGUGCUAAAUAGCCUGCAUCGGCUAGCUAGGCUCCUAUGAUAAUUACUCCUUCACACAAAAUAGAUUAGGCCUACCAGCGUUGUUUAAAAUGUCAGAAAUCCGUUUUUCUGAUUGUGAUUCUGUCCCAGCCGAUAUUGUACAGUGUUGUGUGUUACCAAAUGUUACCUUAAAUAAAAUGUUGAGGUCGACUGAAUAUCAUGAAGAGGUAAAGAAUAUCCAUGUCUGACAUAUCGGUUAUUUUAAACUCAAACUUUAUUAACGAUUUAGACAAGAAAUGUAUAGAUAUUGCGUUGCUGCAUUCGCUGUUUUACCAGCAGCCAACAUGUUAAUGAUGUUACAGACGAUGAGUGGCUGGUUACUGUCUUGUUUACUUUCAGCUUGCGUCCAAAUCCACGUUCAUUAAACUUUGACCCCUUUUUAAAUGAGUUCCAACAGAGUGAUAGAUGCGGACAAUCCUCUAAAACAAUGUAGUACUUAUUUGUGUGCACAUGUAUAAUACUUCAGUGCAUUAUCAUUAUUAUUUUAAAUUCAAAAAAAUUAAAAGGAUAAUGAUAAUGCACUGAUAUUUUAGUGAGUGAGUAGGCCUAAUGAUGUUGUUAAUCUUGUUUCACAAUACUUUGCAUUUGUAAUGUUUUCUUUCCAUUAAAUAGAGUUGCGUUAUGGGAGAAACAUUUCAGUCUCUUCCUUUUUCUUUUUAAAUAAAAAAUAAAAAUGGCAAUUAACAUGACAAGGCACUUUGAAUCUACUGAAAGUUAGUCUCAAAUUAUAAGUCUAAAUGUUCCCAUUGUAGUUAACAUAAAAUUCUCUAGAAGUCAAUAGUUAAGUGGUUAUUGUUUCUUUCCAUUAAAUAGUAUUGUCUUGAGCAGGCUCUGCAACUGAAAAUGUAGGCUAUGAAUUAGAAGAGAUUUAGGAUUUGCCAAUGUCCAGCAGGUCACCCUAAAAUGGACUAGAAUGCAGGAAAUCGCAUUUUAGAAAUUCCAAUUUUUCUGAGGGAGGACCCCCAGACCCCCCUCUGGGCUAAGCCCCGGAUGUACACAAAGUCUGCCUCCGCCUCUGCGGGCCGCUCUUUGAGAACCAAUGUGCUAAAUAAAUAGAAAAGGCAUCAGAACCGGGUUGGAGGGCUGAGAGAAGAGUGCUGCUAUUCCUGGUGCUGAAGUAGGACAGGCGAGGGAAGCGGGGAGCAGGGGGCGAGGGGUGAGGGCGUGAGGCAGCCGAGGGCUAUCUGUUGCUGCCAGCCCUCCACCCCUCUGCCAAUUUACACCUGAGAGAGUUGUCUCCGCCGCCGCCGCCGCCCGGCGCAGAGUGGGCUGGCGUCACGCGGUGCGAGAGGCACGCUGAGAUCAGACGGAGCGCGGCGCUAGGCUCUGCAGCUCAGCGGAUACAGGCCCCGGGUAUCCGCUGUUUUCCCGCUGGGUAUCCGCAUCUCUUAUACUCCGGCUGUUCUAUCUAAAUGACCCACCUAUAUUGAACUAUCAUAGCCACAUUAGGUUCCACAGGGAGUGAUGCAAGUACCUGUUUAGAUUACCCAUACUGAAGCCUUAAGGAGGAACGGCUGAGCCCACAAAUGUUAAACAAUACUCACUUUAUUUAAACUGAUGCUGGUUUCAUGGUGUCCGCAGUGAUCAGUUGUGGCUUCUGUCUUGUUUACCGGGCGAUGGCCUUGGAUCUUCUCUGAGCUUCUUUUCUUUCUUGGUCACACCGCUUUGUUGUGCGAGGAGCAUUUGUGCAGGCUCUGCGUUGCCAUGGAAACACCAAUGUGCUGUAUUCCAGUCAGCGUGUCCAUGAAUUAAGCCUUUCAAACACUUAUUUUUUUCUUACUGACGAGAGAUUUCAAUGCGUGUCAUUGAUGAUAGUAAUCAGGAUGUUAACUGAACCCUUUCUCUGCCUCACCCUUUAGGUACAGAAUAAACUGAUGUUUGUGUAAUGCAUAGAAAAUGUCUGGCAGUAAUUCACGUUGACAUAAGCUGCUGGCGUGACAUCUUGGUGGUUUCUGCAGAAAACAUAUGCGUUGGUUGGCAGCCCUAAAGCCAUCGCUAUACCAUUAUCCUAUAGAACCAGCCCUUGAUCUUAUAGAAAGAACCGGAAACCAAGAAAAAUUCAGAAACGUAGAAAAAGAAAUGCACCAAUUUAAAAGGGCACAACUGUGCAACAAGGAUAACUUGAAGAUGUGUUACCCUUGAGAAAGCAGGCUCCCUUCUGUUGCCAUGGCGAUGCAGCCUAUUAGGUAACUGUGUUGCCAUGGCACGUGUCUCCUCAGUGAUGCAGACCUGACCACACCCACUAACAAGCUCACCAGCUGAGAACAUGGAGAGCUCCGUUACUGGGCCGGUGUCAGCGCUGUGCAUAGUGAGAGGGGCGCUCUGUUUGAUUCAAAGCAGCUGGAUUGAAACAGGUUGCUACAGGUUAUAGGCUAAUGAUUGUUGUGUAUUUUUGUCCGGGCUCACUGUUUAGAAGCCAAACCUCAGACUCCUGCCUAACCAACACUCUGUCU